AUGUACUACCACCAUCCCCCGCAACCGCCGCCUCGUCCGUCGAGUUGGAACGGCCCCCAGCCCCAGCACUGGCCACCCCCUCCACAGCCUUACAGUCCAUACCCUCCGCAAGCUUAUCCUCCGCAGUCUUAUACUCCCCCUCAACCUUAUCCACCACCGCAGCAUUAUCCUCCGCAAAACUACCGCGAUCCUCGGUACUCGUCGCCCUCGCCAUACGGCACACCGCCGCUACCUCCUCGGCCGCCCACUGGUGAUGCCAGAUCUUACCCAAAUUCUCCGCCCUCAUGGGGCCCAAGCCUCCCUCCCCGCCCACCGUCGGGCGCACAGCAGUUCGGCCACGGAGCGCCAUCCAACUAUCGCUUUCAGUAUUCGAACUGUACAGGCCGACGAAGGGCCCUGUUGAUUGGAAUCAACUACUUUGGUCAACCGAACCAGCUGCAGGGGUGUAUCAACGAUGUGACCAACGUGUCUUCAUUUCUGCACGAGCGGCACGGCUAUCGCAGGGAGGAUAUGGUCAUUCUGACCGAUGACCAAGAGAAUCCGAAGAGUGUGCCUACAAAGGCAAAUAUACUGAGAGCCAUGCAGUGGCUUGUCUAUGAUGCGCAGCCGAAUGAUUCGCUAUUUAUUCACUUUUCUGGCCACGGUGGACGGACGCCUGAUCUUGACGGUGAUGAGGAUGACGGCUUUGAUGAUGUGAUAUACCCCGUGGACUACCGUACCGCUGGCCACAUUGUAGACGAUGAAAUGCACGACAUAAUGGUCCGCCCCCUCCAACCUGGCGUCCGCCUAACAGCAGUCUUCGACUCUUGCCAUUCCGGCACAGCACUAGACCUUCCAUACGUCUACUCCACCCAAGGUAUUCUCAAAGAACCUAACCUCGCCAAAGAAGCCGCCUCGGACCUCUUCUCAGCUCUAACCUCCUACGGCAAGGGGGACCUAAGCGGCAUGGCGCAGACAGCCAUUGGGUUCUUCAAAAAGGCCGCGAUCGGCGACUCCGCGCGCCAGCGCACAAUGCGCACCAAGACCUCCCCCGCAGAUGUAGUCAUGUUUUCGGGUUCGAAGGAUGACCAGACUUCAGCCGAUACAUUCCAAGACGGCGAAGCGCGCGGCGCGCUCAGCUGGGCAUUUAUCAAAGUCCUCCAGCGCCACCCGCACCUGAGCUACGUGCAGUUACUGAAUCUGAUCCGGGCGGAGCUCGAGGGGAAGUAUACGCAGAAACCGCAGCUGAGCUGCAGUCAUCCUCUAGAUACCAAUUUGUUAUUCGUGAUGUGA